UCGCAUUUUACUAGGUAAUGCGAUAUACUUAAAAAUAAAUGAACGAACAUACCCUCACAUAUGUAAUAAAAAUGACCAAUUUAGCCCUUCAUCAAGGUGAGACCGUGAGAAACCCGGUUUUGCUCGUAUAAUUUGACUCAUACUUGCAAUUAAAUUCAAUCAUCUUGAAAAAAAAAAAAACCAGAAUACGUGCAAUCAACAUAAGUGGGACUCAAUACCUUCACCUUCACCUUCACCUUCACCUCCAAGUUUCCUCCAAUCUAAAUUUCCUUCUCAUCUCUCCUCCUCCUUCAACCCACCAAACCAACACCACCUCAACCGCCAUUGUUAUCUUCUUGAAGCAACCUCAAAAAACCCAGAAAAAAUAGCAUUGUUCAUCCUCCUCUACUACCGCUUCACCCACCACAUUCUCUCUCUCCUCUCCUCCUUCCUCCUCUCUCUCCCCUUCUUCCCCACCAUGCCCUCCUCUCCUCCACCCCCACCUCAACCACCCUCCUCCUCCUCCACCCCACCUCAACUCCUCUCUCUCUCCUUCAACCAAGACUCCACCUGCUUCUCCGCCGCCACCAACUCCGGCUUCCUCAUCUUCAACACCCACCCUUUUCGCCCCAUCUUCAACCGCACCUUCUCCCACUCUCUCUCCCUCGUUCACAUGCUCUUUCGCUGCAACAUCCUCGCCUUAGUCGGUGGUGGGCCCCACCCCAACUUCCCACCUCACAAAGUCAUGCUUUGGGAUGAUCAUCGUUGCUGCUGCAUCGGCGAGCUUUCCUUUCGAUCUGAUGUUAAGUCUGUUCGACUUCGUCGUGAUCGGAUUGUUGUUGUGCUUUUGCAUAAGAUUUUUGUCUAUAAUUUUGCUGAUUUGAAGCUGUUGCAUCAGAUUGAAACGGUGGCUAACCCUAAGGGUUUGUGUGAGGUUUCGUGUUUGUCGAAUUCGAUUGUUCUUGUUUGUCCUGGGUUGCAGAAGGGUCAGAUUCGGGUUGAGCAUUAUGGGUCUAAGAGGACUAAGUUUGUUAUGGCUCAUGAUUCCAGGAUUGCUUCUAUGGCUUUGACUCAGGAUGGGAGGUUGGUUGCUACUGCUAGUAGUAAGGGUACUUUGGUUAGGGUUUUCAAUACUUUGGAUGGUUCUUUGUUGCAAGAGGUAAGAAGGGGAACUGAUAGAGCAGAGAUACAGAGCUUAGCUUUCUCUUCUAAUGCACGAUGGCUAGCAGCAUCAAGUGACAGGGGGACCAUUCAUGUUUUUAACCUGAAACUUGAACCAGGAUCUCCUGGAAACAGUGGUUUGCAGAGUCCACCUGAGCAACCAAGCUCUCCACGUUCCCCUAUAUCAUCCAUCUCCUUUAUGAAAGGUGUAUUGCCUAAAUAUUUUAGUUCAGAGUGGUCAAUGGCCCAGUUUCACUUGCAAGAAGGUACUCAGUACAUUGUUUCCUUUGGCCAACAAGAGAACACAGUUGUGAUAGUAGGAAUGGAUGGAAGCUUUUACCGAUGUGAAUUUGAUCCUGAAUCUGGAGGAGAGAUGAGGCAGCUGGAAUAUCGUGACUUUCUGAAGCCAGAACAGACCUCUGAAAGUUGACGUUAGAGAUGCUUACUCCUAAUAAUUGAAUCUCACGUGUUCAUGUUUCUCUUUCACAUCUUCUUCCUUCUCCUGUUCUCGUUCCUACUAUCUUAUCUUAAAUGGUUCAUAUUAGAUAAAAUGUAAAUAUGUAUACAAGUUUGUUGUCACUUGUCGGCGAUUAGUUCAUCGCUUUGUAUAUUUAAAGUGCAAUAACUUAAUAAUUAGUCGUGACAGAGAAAUAUACUUAUUUUAUGUAGUGUGGUCACAAUUUGAUAAAACUAGCCUUUGUAUGAUUACAAUUUACAAAAGCCUCCCAGAAUUGGGAUCCUUGGUGCUUGCAUGGAA